UAUGAUUAUGGUAGCAAGAUUUCAUCCACACAAUCCAGCAAUCAUUAAAUAGAUUUUAGUUACGAAUUCAAAGGAAUACAAGGUAGAAGGUUGGAUCAAAAGUUUGACUAUCGGUGUUCUAUAUAAAUGAAGUCAUUGAUUUCUCAAGCAGUGUCUAUAAAGCAUGCGAUAGGAGUUAUCCUCACAAGGUGGUUUGGGUUGAAGAAAAAGAUGGGUAGCAUAGCCAAAAACUGGAAGAGCCUUAGCGGCAAGAAUAAUUGGAGUUUGUUGGACCCUCUCGACAUUGAUCUUCGCCGGUACCUAAUUCACUAUGGAGAAAUGGCUCAAGCUACGUAUGAUGCCUUUGAUACAGAGAGGGUGUCUAGAUUUGCAGGAAGUAGCCGAUAUGCUAAGAAGGAUUUCUUCUCUAAGGUGAGUUUAGAGAAGGGCAAUCCUUUCAAAUAUAAUGUGACAAAGUUUUUGUAUGCAACAUCAGAAAUCGACGUCCCCGACGCAUUUAUCAUAAAGUCGUUAUCGAGGGAGGCAUGGAGCAAGGAAUCAAAUUGGAUAGGUUAUGUUGCAGUAGCCACGGAUGAAGGGAAGGCCUUGUUAGGGAGGAGGGAUAUCGUGAUUGCUUGGAGAGGAACAGUACAGACUUUGGAGUGGAUAAACGAUUUAGAAUUUAUUCUGGUUUCAGCUUCCAAAAUACUUGGAGCUGAGGGUGAUCCUAAGGUGCACCAUGGUUGGUAUUCCAUCUACACUUCUGAUGAUCCCCGUUCGUCCUUCAAUAAGACUAGUGCCAGGAACCAGGUUCUUGGUGAGAUUAGGAGACUAUUGGAAGAAUUCAAGAACGAGGAAAUCAGCAUAACAAUAACUGGCCACAGCUUGGGUGCAGCAAUUGCAACUCUAAAUGCUGUUGACAUAGUUGCCAAUGGAUUCAACAAGCCGAGAGAUCAGCUAAAGGUAGCCUGUCCGGUAACAGCAAUAGUAUUUGCCAGCCCCCGCGUGGGAGACUCAAUUUUCAAGAAGGUGUUCUCUAGAUAUAAAGAUCGUCUUCGAGUUUUACGCGUCCGAAAUUCUCCCGAUCUUGUUCCCAGCUAUCCCUUAAUAGGGUACUCGGAUGUGGGAGAAGAGUUGGAAAUCGAUACUCGCAACUCGAACUACCUGAAGAGCCCUGGAAAUCUAUCGACUUGGCAUAACUUGGAGGGUUACCUGCAUGGAGUUGCAGGGACACACGGGAAUAUAUUAGGAAGGUUCAAGUUGGUGGUUCAUCGGGAUAUUGCACUUGUAAACAAGACGAUGGAUGCAUUGAAGGAUGAGUAUCUUGUUCCGACAUCAUGGCGAUGCGUGCAGAACAAGGGCAUGGUUCAACAGGCUGAUGGUUCCUGGAAAAUGAUGGAUCAUGAAGAGGAAAACUUCGAUCCUUAAUUGAACUAUUAAUGCUUUAUACAUAUAUGGGCGUUACAUUGGUUUGGGUUUCUUUCGAUCGUCUCCAAGUUUGGUUGUGCUCUUUGAUCUAGCUACAUUAAUCAUGUGGAGAUCUGAUUGCAUGCGUUAAUUGCUUUCGCCGGCAUUAGCUUAAUUAUUAGAAAAUAUAAGUAAAGAAUAAGCCGCGCGUGUCAGUGUGUAAAAUUUGAAGGUCGUCGUCCUUGCUGUUAAAAAGCGAAAUUAGGGUUAUUUUUGUGUAAUAAUGAAUAAAGAUCGCUGUGUGAACCUUAUAUAUAUGCUAAACAAAUAUAUGCUCCUCU